GCGCAGGAGCCGGCGGCGGCGGCGGGGUCGGUUGCGUGGUCCCGCGCUCCGCACCUGCUCGCCUCGGUCCGCCCGGUGGCGGCGGCGGCCGCCGUAACGGUCGUAACGGCCUUCUGCGCCCCCUGGGGGAGUGGGGCGGCGGCGGCGCGGCAGGUUAUUCAGCAAUAGUUAUGAACUCCCGUUUACGAGCCUUAGGUGGGAGGAUAAAUAACAUACGAGCGUCAGAACUACCAAAAGAGAAAACACGAUCAGAGAUUAUCUGUAACGUCCACUUUUUGGAUGGCUCAGUACAAAGCUUCAAAGUCAACAAACAAGACACUGGACAGAUUUUGUUGGAUAUGACCUAUAACCAGUUGGGUGUGACGGAGAAGGAAUAUUUUGGUUUACAGCAAAAUGAAACUUCAGUAGAUUCACCUUUUUUCAUUUCACAGCGAUGGCUUGAACCAAACAAACCUAUUAGAAAACAGUUAAAAGGAGGUUUUCCCUGCACCCUUCGUUUUCGUGUAAGGUUUUUUAUACCUGAUCCUAACACACUUCAGCAAGAACAAACCAGGCACUUAUUCUUCCUGCAAUUGAAGACUGAUAUUGUGGAAGGAAGAUUGUCAUGCCCCAUUAAUUCUGCUGUUGUCCUGGCAUCAUAUGCAGUACAAUCACAACUUGGAGACUAUAACGCUUCAGUACAUCAUUCAGGAUAUCUAUCAAAUUACAACUUUAUACCAGAGCAGAACAAAGAUUUUCUUACCAAAGUAGAAUCGCUACAUGAGCAACACAGUGGCCUCAAGCAAUCUGAAGCAGAGUCCUGCUAUAUAAAUAUAGCCCGAACACUUGAAUUCUAUGGAGUGGAAUUGCACAGUGGUAGAGAUCUCCAUAACCUAGAUCUCAUGAUUGGGAUUGCAUCCGGAGGAAUUGCUGUGUAUAGAAAACUCAUCUGCACAAGCUUCUAUCCCUGGGUGAACAUAUUAAAAAUUUCCUUUAAAAGGAAAAAGUUUUUUAUACAACAACGGCAAAAACAUAAUGAAUCCAGAGAGCAUAUUGUUGCCUUCAACAUGUUAAAUUACAGAGCAUGCAAAAAUCUAUGGAAAUCUUGUGUAGAGCAUCACACAUUUUUUCAGGCAAAGAAAUCACUACCUCAUGAAAAAAAGAUAUUGUCACAUUAUUGGACCCUGGGUUCUAGAAAUCCAGCAAAGUCUGUAAACAACCAGUACUGCAGAAAAGUUAUAGGUGGGAUGGUUUGGAACCCAUCUAUGAGACGAUCUUUAUCGGUUGAGCAUCUAGAGACCAAAAGCCUUCCAUCUCGAUCACCUCCUGUUACCCCUAAUUGGCGGAGUCCUAGACUACGUCACGAAAUUCGUAAACCACGACACUCAUCUGUAGAUAACCUUACAAAUGAGAUUAGUUAUAUUACUGAAACAGAGGAUGUUUUUUAUACAUAUAAGGGCUCUCCAACAUCAAAGGACAGUGAUUCGGAGUUCUCUCAGAACCGUAGUCCACAAAGGAGGUCGUCUGAACAAGAAUCGCCAAAGAAUGUAUUGGGAAACAGUCCAACACGGAGUUCUCUGACCCGUACCUCACCUAAAGCCUUGGCUCAGUCUCCCAAUGGAGUUGGUAACAUUUCUGGCUCUUACGCGUUGGAAGGGGUCGAUAAACAGUUCUUAGAAACAUAUGACAAUAUUACAAAAAGUAACUCGACAGAAGAUUCCUGUCAGUACUACUGUGAUAAGAAUGACCUAAUUGAGGGAGAUUUACUUUUGGUGCGUAUCAUACCAGAUGAAGACGGGAAGUUUGGAUUUAAUCUAAAGGGUGGUGUGGAUCAAAAAAUGCCAUUAGUGGUAUCAAGAAUAACUCCAGGAUCACCUGCUGAUAAAUGCAUUCCAAAACUGAAUGAAGGUGAUCAGAUAGUAUUAAUUAAUGGCCGAGAUAUCUCAGAGCACACGCAUGACCAGGUGGUCAUGUUCAUAAAAGCCAGCAGAGAAUCUCACACAAGAGAGCUUGCACUUUUGGUCAGACGGAAAGUGGUUAAACAGUUUGUGGAGCCUAAAUCAGAAGACGAAGCUGAUUCCCACAAUCUCCCAGAAUCUCUUCUUCCUAUCUGUUCUGAUUAUGGUGGUGAUACACUGGAGGAGUCUAUGGAGCAGCUAAGGAAAGGGCUGGAAAGUGGGUCAGUCCUUAUUCAGUUUGAGCAACUUUAUAGAAAGAAACCAGGAUUGGCUGUUACAUGUGCAAAGGUACCUCAGAAUAUGGACAAGAACAGAUACAAAGAUGUUCUACCAUAUGAUGCCACAAGGAUAAUAUUGCAAGGAGAUGAAGAUUACAUUAAUGCGAAUUACGUGAAUAUGGAAAUUCCUUCUGUGGGCAUUGUGAACAGGUACAUUGCUACUCAGGGUCCUCUUCCACACACAUGUGCACACUUCUGGCAAGUAGUCUGGGAUCACAAGUUGUCACUGAUCAUCAUGCUAACAACUCUUACUGAACGAGGACGGACCAAAUGUCAUCAGUAUUGGCCUGAUCCACCAGAUGUAAUGGAAUAUGGCAGCUUUCGUGUCAGAUGCCACUCUGAAGAUUGUACGAUUGCUUAUGUUGUUAGAGAAAUGGUCAUUACAAAUGUUGAGACAGAACAACAACACACCAUCACCCAUCUCCAGUAUGUUGCUUGGCCUGAUCAUGGUGUGCCUGAUGACUCCAUGGACUUUUUGGAGUUUGUGACCUGUAUGAGGCCAAAGAGAGUAGAGAAUGAGCCGGUCCUUGUUCACUGCAGCGCUGGAAUCGGUCGCACUGGAGUAUUGGUCACUAUGGAAACGGCCAUGUGCUUAAUUGAAAGAAACCAACCUGUUUAUCCACUGGAUAUUGUACGAAAAAUGCGAGACCAGCGAGCUAUGAUGGUGCAAACAUCAAGUCAAUACAAAUUUGUUUGUGAAGCUAUUCUUCGUGUUUACAAAGAAGGAUUGGUUCGACCACUGGAUUCCAGUUAGCACAGCAGUGAAGGAUGAAUUCUCUUUUCCCCCGAAAAGACUGCUCCUUAAGUAAAGCAAGGGCUCAUUUCUGAAAGCAACUAUAAUGGACUAGAAGCCCAUGAAAAGACAGAUGAGCACAUUUGAACUGUGGCACUUUAAAUUUCUCAAGAAGAUUACUAAAUCAUGUACAGUAUAACAAAGUCAUGUAGAUAAAUAUAUGAGAGCAAUUGUGUGUAAUAUGCUUUAUUCACAUAGACACCAUAAACAAUCAUGGAAACCUUAAUAGAUAUCUUUUACUGCCUUAAAACACCCUUCACUUUUUUAUGUUACAAAGGUCCUUGUGUUUCUUUUGAAAAUGCAAAAAGGAAACUAAUAGUAUUGAAAUUAUUUGGCUUAAGAAGGUAUUUGAUAUCUUUGUAUUGUAUGAAAGUUCAUUGAAGGUGAAUAUUUGUAACUUUCUUAUUGGGACACUAAAUAUUUAUGGAAAUGUAACCUUGACUUCUGAAAGACUGAUGAAGAGCUUUAAAGGAUAAUGCAUAACUACUGUACAUUAAGAGCUGGAGAAAUUAAGUAUUCAGUUACCAUAAAUCUAUUAGUAAGUAUGCCAGCUGUUAUAAUAUGCUUCUUAGAAAUCACAUCUACUGUAUGUGAUGUGCAAAAUAAUGCUGCAUUUAAGCAUUUAUGCAGAUGGUACAGUCUACAUCUUCUGUUCAUCAAUUUUAAUGGCAACUUGCCCUUUUAACAAUGACCUGCUUCUUACAGUUUUAUUUACUGUACUCUUUCUCUUCUGUUUCUGCUGACUGUCUCCUUUAUACUUGUUUUUCACUGCUGUUUUUAUAUGUGGACUGAAAACAUUUUAACUUAAAACGAGGUUUAAUUCUUUCACCUUUGUUUCCAUGUGUAUUUAUGAGUUCUCAAAUGUAAAUGUGGGUUAAUGUUGCACACAAGUACUAUACUUUUGGCUAACUGUAUAUGCAAAGUAGUCUAAUCCAAUACUGGAAGAAAAAUUACUACUGAACCCUUCAAAUAUGUUGCUGCUAAUUCAAGGUGUGAAGCUUACAAGGGCACAGGUGUUGCUAGUGUUCAGAUAUUGAUAAAAUGUUGACUUGCUGCCCUUCAGCAAGAACUGCUCUUAUCCAGUGAGACACAACUCCCUUUUGCAAGAGGUCUGUGGAUUUACUGUGUUUCUUGCUUUAUGGAAAUGCAGCUAAAUUCCCAUGAAGAUUUACGUGAAAAGAGAGAAUGGAUUUGUACAUUGAUGAAUAAUUCACCCUGAGGUACACUGGUCUCCAUUUCAUUUCAAAUGGGAAAUUUCUGAACAAUAUAACCACAUUUGUAUGAUGUUAAUUUAUUUUGUGCGUGCUUUUUGAUUACCCUGAGAUAGUUCUUUGUUUUUGAGUAGUGUUUAAAAAAAAAUACUCUAAGGGACUGUUUAAAACUCUGUUAUUUAAAAGAUUAGUCCUAAAUAAGGAAAAAAAAUUAUGGGGCAUAUUAGCCAGAUGUUUAUACGUGUAUAAAAGAGAAAAUUAGAUAACUUUCUUUUUAGAUAUAUAUAUACACACACACAUAUUCAAGUAUAUUUUAGAAUUAUGGUUUGUAUUAUGGAUAUUGUCAUUUAUAUCUGGAGUUUCAUUAUAGAAACUGCCACAGCUGUACAAUAUGCAUCCUCUCCUGUUACCAGAAGGUUAUGUUUUUUCCCCAGGAGAUAGCAGAAAAGUGAAUGUAGGAUGUACUAAGUUGCUGACUCUUAUCUUCUGUAGACUUGGUCCUUUCUUCAAGAUCCCAUUAUUUGUUAUAGGUAAAGAAGAUACCUGGUUACUAUUUAUUGAUCCAAAGAGUUGUAAUUGGAAACUUGGAAAGCUUCUUGGCUUUGUUGGGUUGAAGGGUGAAUAGGUUUGUGCUCAUUCUCAUAUGCUGCAUUCCAGAUUUCACUUUCACUGAAGUUUUUGUAAUACUUUGGGUCAUUACCCUCUUGCUUGAUUGGUUACAGAAUGGAAGGCAAGAGACCGUAACUCUGAUUCACUCUUAACUUGCUAAACUGCAUCAGGUCGUUCAAUCUGUCUGUGACUCCAAAUGUAAAAUGAUACUGGACCUGCACACGUUGCUCGGGAAGCUUUUUUGAAAAAUGCGUGUGAAAAACUGUUGUACAAGUGCAGGCUGCCCGCUGCUGAUAGAAUAUUGAGCAAUGAGAAAAACUAGUGUCUCUUUCCCACAUGAGGAGUAGUGGCCACUAAAGAAUCUGUGCCUGCUGGGUGGUUAACAAAAGCCUCCCUUUUCUAUGUGCCUUUCUGUUAAAACAUAUCUUCUUUUUUUCUUUCCUUUUUUUUUUUUAAGUUUUGUUGUGCCCAGGUCUCAAAGUCAUCCCUUGCAGUUAGCAUGACUCGCAGUUAAUAGUUUGUCAAGAAGUGAAGAAAGCAAGGAGGAAAAAAAGCAAAAAAAUAAAUAGUAAGAAAAAUGUUUAGAGCAUCUCUUUGUGAUAUCUUUCAGGGAAGUACUUGAUUAAACUUUAGGUUUAUUUGUGUUCAAGGUUAUUGCUAUAUCCCUAUAGCUAUUUAUGUUUCUUCAUGUUGAAUAUGUAUUUACCAAAACACUGUAAAUCUAUUCCUUGUAUAACUCCAGUCUCAAAAUACAUGGUAGAGGCUCGACUUACAUUAGUAUGUGUUAAAUGAUGAUAGUCAUAUUGUGACAAAUGCUGCUUUUGCUCUGGUAAACUUAAAUGGGUUUGGUAAUACCAUUCAUGAAAUCUUACUUCGAUUUUAAUAACUUAUUUGAAAUUGCUGGCCACUGAGAAACUGCUCAAAGCUCUAAAAAUAGUAAUCUCUGUAUUAUUUGAUUAUUAUUAUUUUUUGUAAAACCAUAGAGCAAAUAUUAACUACGCAAGUAUCUUGUACUUCGUGUCCAUCUUUAUUUCAGUCUUGCUGGGUUUUGCACAUGUACCUGUAGGGUCCAUAGAGGAGAAUGAAGGGGGUUUUGUUUUCUCUCUGUAGUGUGUGAUGACUUUGCACUGAAUGAUGUAUGCCUUAGAUCUGAUCUUGCAAUGAAAGCAUAAUUAUGAAAACAACUUCUUAAUGCUGGCUUUUGUUUCCAUGAGAAUUAGGAAAUUAAAAAGACACAGAGUUGAUUGAUUUGGGGUUGGGUGGGUUUUUUUGGUAGGAGUUAAAACUCCUAACACAAGAUUGUUAACUGUCAAGCAAUUGGCAAAUAGCAGAAAAUGCUGUGAAGUCAAGAUUCUGUAUAACCUUCAUAAACAGUUUAACCUCAGUUUUGCCUGUGCUUGUGUGAUCGUGACAGUAAGUAUUCCAAAUUUCUAGCAUGGUGGUGGAUGAAGAGGGAGUAAUAAGCCUUUGAGGUUUUCAUCACUGUGAAAUACACUAACAUUUAUUCUUCAGAAUUACUCAAGUUUUAACUGAAUGGCUUUAUAUUUGCUACAGAAGUAACAAAAAUGCCUGUUCAGAAUGUCUUCAGAAAUAUCACAGGGGAAUGCUUGUGAGAAGGAGCUGGGAGGGAGAGAUCUUACCAUGUAUUGACAAUAAGAAAAACGGUGCCAUAAACCAUUAAUGCCUUUUGUGUAACAGGAUGUAUGAAAUAUGAGACAUUAAAAUACAACCAAACCUUGAAUAGUGGUGGUGUUUUGCAAAAAAAAAAAAAAAUUAUUUUGUAAUCCAGGGUUUUGCUUUCAAUAAUCCUGUCUUUUAGGUGUUGGUACUAAAACAUAUGUGAUCAAAAUGUACCUAAAAAUUCAGCAGUAGUUCUUCAUAUACACUCAUUAUUUUUUUUAACAGUUGGUUCUCUCUUUUCCAUCCUUUUUUCUACUGUGCAAUAUUUGGUUAAAAAUAUAUGUAUAUUUCAAAAGAACUGUAGUCCUGAAAUAUCAAAAGAACUAUGCAUUUGCUUUAUUACAAGCAUAAUAUGAUACUGUUUUACACCAAAAGCUCUUCCCUGUAGAUAGUGUUCUUACUGUCAGACUAAAUGCAUAAAUGGUCCACUGAUUGAAAAUGUUGAAAAUAGACAUGCAUGGUUCAUAUUCAAUCAAUUAAAAUUUAAACCUAGUUGUUUCACUGAUAAUGGAUUUAUUGUUAUAUCCUGAAAUGUAGCAUUUAAGUACAAGUUUAUUUUCCUCAUUCGUAUAAAAUCUUCCCAGAAAGAAUGUGCACUGGGAAGUGUUUCUAUUUCAACUGGUAACCUGCAAUUAGUCUACUUGGUUAAAAGCAUUUAUUAAUUGAAACUAUAUGGAAGAUAAAGUUGUGUCAUGAAAUACUUCGAACAAAGGCAGUUGAAAGCCAAGUGAAUGAUUAAUUCAUUAUAUAAAACAUAAUGUUUUGAUUAAAUGGAUUCUCUCGCAUUUAAGUUCUGACACUGAUAGUGUUAAGCCAUCUCAGAUUACUGUCUGUUUUAACAAUAGUAUUAUAUUAGCAGGUUAAAUAUAGCAAUCUAAUACGGUAUGAUUUGCUUCCAGUUUACUUUAACGUAUUUAGUGUUCCAGUUGUUCAGUAGCUGUUGUCUGUAAAAAAUAAAAAUAGAAAAUGUUAAGUUUCUCUGAAUGAAAAGGAAGGAGUAGCCCAUGACAUUGAUAGAUUUAACCAUUUCUCAGCUCAGACUAACCCUGUGACAUCAGUGGUCUGAUUUGACCACUGAUAUCAAGAGCAAUUGUUGAGGACCAAGAAUAUGAUGGAAAAAGCAAAUAUUGUGGGCUGUUGAAACUUUGUUUAGUUUUGGCUGCAGUUAAGAGACCACUGGCUUUUUUCCUUUUUUCUUUUUUUUUUUUUUUCUAAAAAAGACAAAUUCAUCUCAAGAGGUGGCUUUGGGAAUGGGGACUAGAAUGUGCCUUUAUUGAUUCUCCUAAUUUUGUUGCAGACUACUUGGAUAAGAGUCUUAGAUUAUGUGUUAUUUUGAGUUAGCUGCAGGUUUUGAAUGUUUAAUGAAAUCUAAUUUAAAAUAUUAAAGCAUUGAUUUUAAUAGACAUUAAUGAAACACUUCCGUUUACUUCUGAGUUAGUUGCUCAGCUUCUCUUUUCUUGGCUUUCACGAUGUCAUUUCUAGACUUGUCGUUGUUUUACCUUAUAAAAACACUUUGAAGUUUCCCACAGCUGUAAAACUGGCUUUGUCAUAGACAGGCCAAGUGAUGGUGAUGCUGCUGUUGCUCAAGACAGGAUGUUAGUAACCGCUGAAGGUGCAGUGCGGUGUUCAGACCAGCCUGGACUGAGCUCCUCUCUGAGGAAUUUAAACAGUGCUGCUAACAGUGGUAAAAAACAUGAAGAUAAUUUGAAGGAGCAUGUAGGAAAUGUUUCAUUCAGGGCGGAUAAGACCUGGGUUUUACUUAAAAUAAAUAAAUAAAAAUAGUGAGGAUAAAAAUAUUUUUAACAGCUAAGGAAGGGGUAGGAAAUGCAAGAUUUUUUUCCUUUGCAGAACACUCUUCUGUGUUUUAAAUGCAUCGUUUCUCUUGGAGAAAUUUCUUUACUAAAAGAGCCCUGCUGUUGAUGGGAUUUAAUUUUUGUCAAACUGACCUGGAAAACAAUUUUAAGUUAAACUUUUACCUGAUUUACUGCUUUGUCCUUUUUGGUAACAUUAAACAAAACUAAAAUCUCUUCCUUCUAAAAAUUCAUUUGGCUGUUCUCAUUUGGUGUCUUUUUGAGGCAAAUGGAACCUGAAUGUGGCUGGAUAACUAGUGAGGUUGCCACGCGUGCUAAGAGGAAACAGAUGCUUUGCUUAGAUCCAUUAGAGCCAUUACCGAACAUCAGUUACCAACUGAAAUUAGUCUAGGAUAUUUCUAUCAGCCUUUUGCAGAAUAAGCAUUUUGUAAAUAGGAAGUCUUUGCAGCUUGCUCUUCCAAGCAUUAGGAAGUCAUCUUGUGCUAAGUUAGAACUGAUGCUUUUAAAAAAACAAACAAACCCCCACCACAUUAAAAUCUGAAUCUUCAAGUAAGGAUGGACUAUUUGCUGAAAUGUAUACAAAACACACUUUUACAAUGAAAAAAAAAAAGUUUCUCAGUUAAAAAAAAAAAGGUAAAAAGCAAGCUGCUAGAAGUGAGUAUCUUUGUUGUGGGUGCAUAUUAUGUAGUCAUAAACCAAACUAGUUCUCAACUGGUAAGCAGUAUAAGCAGUAUGAGUUAAUGUACAGACAAGUCAACAUUGACCUAACCGCCUGAUUAAUUUCUCAGCUUUCUUGUGAAGGGUUGGUUGCAAUCCUGGUUCAGAAGUCCUUGCUGCAGAAUGGAAGGAGAAAGGGCUGGCUUCCUUAGGGAGGAGAUUGAAAGCUUGCUCAGUACAUCAGCAGUCGGUAUUGACCGUGGUGGGGUUGUAUUGACCUUAGUUGUAUUAUCUCACCUGAGUAGUCUAGUUUAAAGUACCAUGAAAUGUAUCUAUGUGAGUUUGCAAGGGCAGUGAAGCCCUUUGUUCAUUGCAGGAAAAAAAGGCUCAGGCCAGCAGUGUUAAUUUUCAUGGGCUUCAUUUGCUUCAAUUAAGCAGCAGGUUAGCAUGCUAGCCGUUGAGUUGUUCUUGAUCAGUGCCCUUCUAAUUCAGAGCUUCACACACAUGAAUGAAAACCUGGCGUAACUGUUGCUUUCCUAGUUUUUAAUAGAAAUUAAAUCACUGUCUGUAGAAAUUAGGUGGGAAAUCAGUAUAUGCGCUUAAAUGUAAAUAUAUUUCAAAUCCAGAUUUUUGGAAAAUAAAUUACAAGUAUCAAUGCUUACAUUCCCGUGACCUGUGCAAUGAGUACUAAACGUAAUUUAUUUAGAUUUUCACACUUCAUUGUGUAACCUUAAUAGAGAAAUACAAGAUAAAUAGUGGGGACAGUCCUAUCAAGGCUUGGAAAAUCAGCCAGGCAUUCAUAAUAACAAAUGAUGAUUGGUUAAAACUGACCUUCAUUGCAACCGAUACAGAAAUGUGCUUAAUACUACUGGAAUAAAUUACCUAACAGCUGGGAGAGCCAAAGUUAGGUUGGUUGUUUUUUGGUUGGGUUUUUUUUUUUUUUGGGAAGCUUUGCAAAAGCUUCCACUACUCUGGUAACUAAGUUUGUAUUUUCCAUAUACAUUCAGUUAGCAUUUUCGUCAGAGAUGUAGAAAAAGCUUGGAAGAUAAUAUCCAUUCAGUGACUCUGGAUAUUUUUUUUUAAUGGUUUUUUCUGUAGCACUCUAUAUUUUCUUCUUCUGAGAUCUUAGGUGCCAGUGCAUUAAAGGAAUAAAAGAAUGUAUUUGAUGUAUUUGGAAGGUAAGGAGUUUAUUUUGUAUCUUAAACUGUACUUUUCUUCUAAAUCAUUUGAAAUGCAAAUUGAUGUUGAUAUUACAAAGCUUAAUUUAUUGUUUAAAAAUGUAGACAAUUCUUGAAAUGAAUGUAUCAUUUUUCUUUUUUUUUAUUUUUAUAGGAAUAAAGUAUUGGUUAAUGUUUUCAGUAUAGUUUUCUUGGGUUUGGAACUGU